CCAUGAACGACUUGCCUCCUAUCUAACUCACAUUUUAUAGCUAUAAUAACAGUUGUGUGCAUCACAUCAUGUCUCACCCAUUACAAACUUGUCACGCCAGAACGUCAUAGACAUGAUUGGAGGAUUAUAUAUACGAAUGGUCUUGCUUUCUCUUGGUAGAAGACAUUGAUUAUGUGCAUCUGAUAUCACUACCAAAUUGGAAAGAAAUAUGGGAAGCGUAGGUGUUUUGAAAGAUGCCACAAGAAAGCAGCGAGUGAACCCCGGGAAGGCUACCAUAUUAGCUCUUGGCAAGGCUUUCCCUCACCAGCUUGUCAUGCAAGAGUAUUUAGUUGACGGAUAUUUCAGGGACACAAACUGUGACAACCCUGAACUCAAGCAGAAGCUCGCUAGACUUUGCAAAACAACCACGGUGAAAACAAGGUACGUGGUUAUGUCAGAGGAGAUACUGAAAAAGUAUCCAGAACUUGCGGCUGAAGGCAUCCCCACAGUGAAGCAACGGCUGGAGAUAUGCAACGAGGCAGUGACAGAAAUGGCCAUCGAAGCUUCCCAAGCUUGCAUAAAAAACUGGGGUGGAUCCUUAUCAGACAUAACACACUUGGUUUACGUGUCAUCUAGUGAAGCAAGACUACCAGGUGGUGACCUUUACCUUGCCAAAGGACUUGGAAUGAGCCCUGAUACUCAACGAGUCAUGCUCUAUUUCGCUGGCUGCUCUGGAGGUGUGGCUGGCCUACGUGUUGCAAAAGACAUAGCUGAGAACAACCCUGGAAGCCGAGUGCUUCUUGCUACCUCAGAAACUACAAUCAUUGGGUUCAAGCCACCAAGUGCAGAUAGGCCUUAUGAUCUUGUUGGGGUGGCACUCUUUGGGGAUGGUGCUGGUGCCAUGAUAAUUGGUUCAGACCCAGUAUUGGAGUCUGAGAAGCCUCUCUUUGAGCUUCACACUGCAGUUCAGGAGUUUUUGCCACACACUGCGAAGAAAAUUGAUGGGAGGUUGACAGAAGAGGGGAUAAGCUUCCAGCUAGCAAGGGAGCUUCCUCAAAUAAUUGAGGACAAUGUUGAAGGGUUUUGUGACAAACUAAUGAGUGUUGCUGGGGUUAAGAAUAAGGAGUACAACAAGAUGUUUUGGGCUGUGCAUCCAGGGGGGCCUGCCAUCUUGAACCGCAUUGAGAAGAGGCUUGAUUUGGUGCCAGAGAAGCUGAGUGCAAGUAGAAGGGCUCUCAUGGAUUAUGGCAAUGCUAGCAGUAAUACCAUUGUGUAUGUGCUGGAGUAUAUGAUGGAGGAGGGACUCAAGAUUAGAAAGAAUGGCAGAGGAGAUGCUGAAUGGGGCUUGAUACUUGCAUUUGGACCCGGUAUUACAUUUGAGGGAAUACUGGCAAGAAACUUGUGUGCUUGAACUCUCGCACAAAUCUGGAGCGGUGGAGAGCUUGUUGGUAUUAUUAUCACAGGAUAUGUUUAUGUGGUACAUGACUCUAUCGAAAGCAUAUUCAAGAUUUCAAUAAUCAAAGGAAGAAAUUUUUUAAUAAAAACUUCAGCUGCAAAAUCCUUUCAAAGUAGAUUAAUGAUAACUACGUCCAUUUUAUUAUUUAUUUAUUUAUUUGCAUAAAUGAUGACUCUCUCCAGUGUUCAUACUAUGAAUCUCAAAUUUAUCAGCACUUUUCCUCUAUAUAACUCCAAAAGAUUCAAAUUCCUUCAUUCAUAUGAUGUCAAGCAUG